CCUUCAUUCAAACUUGCGCCUUGUUUUCUCUGAAUACAAACACUCGAACCACAAUAAUACACCUCCAUCUCCACCCCCUCCACAGUACACAACUACACAACAGACAAUCCAACCUCAACAACAAAGAUGACAACCUCUCCACAAUUUAGUGAGGCCCAAGCCUUUGAGCUCUUCCAGCUCAUCGACCGCCCCGUAGGUCCCUUCUCACCUCCCAACAACAACCCUCACCUAAUGACGGACCAACAGCCCAACAACCCCUCCUUCCCCAAUCACCCCAGCUUCCGCCAGAAGCGCAUCGCAGCCCUCUUCCGGCUCCUCCGCAACGAGCCCGGAGGUUUCACUCGCCCAUUCACCGAAGGCCGACGUAUCGCCGGUCUUCUCCUAGAACAUAACAAUGAUAUCGUCGGACAUCGGGCGUGUGUGGUCAAGAGGAUCUUCGAGGAGGAGUUUGAGGCCAGUUACUUGGUUGCGAAGGCGUCCGGUAUUCGGGAACGCAUCAUGUUCUACAGCACGCUGAAGAAUAAAUACAAGUGGGCUUUCCUAGCUGAGCGUAUCGACAAGCGGUGCUUUGUUUGUAAGAUGGCUGGGUUGGGGCUGGACGAUGACGCGGAGUUGAUGGCAUUAGGUAUGGAGUUCUGAUCUUGGUUGAAGGCAAUGGCACGUUACGAACUACUGGCAUCGACUGGCGGG